GAUGCAGAUUUUUAGUUUACUCCAUCAAAAAAAAAAGCGCCAUACGCAAUGUUGUAAGUGACGUAACUACGCCCGCUAUGCAAACAAAAAAAAUUAGAAGGAGGAGGAAGGAGAGGUUUACACUUGAAACUGUUUGUGAACAAACUGAUUAAAUUAUUUUUCAAGUAAAAUGUUUUAUCUCGCAUUCAAACUUAUGAUGACUUUUCAACUUGUUUGUAACCUCAGAUGUGAACAAGAACUUUUGGUUACGGAAAUAAAUACCGAUAGCAGUAUUCUACAAAUCAACUCUUGCAAUACAACAGGGGAAAUUGAACAUCAAAGUGUAACUAUAUUCAAUAAAUUGUGGGAAACAAAAACAAUUGCUUUCAAUAUUUCUACAGCGGAGUGCGACUUCAACAAUUUAAAUAAGUUGUAUUUAACUGGACAAAACGGUUUAAAGCUUGUAUUUGAUAGCAGUUUUCAAUUAAAAACAAAACUGAAAGUUGGCGGAGGAUUGUUGACCAUUAAUUAUGCCAACGGCCAUAUUCCAGCUCGAAAUUUAGGUGGUUUUACAUAUGAUCCGAAAACUUGCACCACUUCAACACACAACUUUCAUUGUCCUGAAGGAGUUGGACCUGGUGCAAAUCAAAAUGGUGCCACAAAUGGAUUUGAUAAAAAUGGAGUGAGUAUUUGGGGAGAAGAUUACGGUAAUGGAGAUGUUUACUUAGGAGGUAGCGUAGGUCCUCAAAUUGAUCUUUUAGGCUCACCUGGAAAUGGGGGAGGAGUUUUUAUUUUGUUUGUAAAUGGCAAUCUUUUUGUUAAUGCUGAUAUAUCUGCUGAUGGGUAUGAGAAUCAAGACGAUAACAAUUGUAGUGGAGGAAGUGCAGGGGGUUUUAUACUAAUUAAAGCUAAUGAGAUUAGGAUUUCUGAUAAUGUAUCAAUUCAUGCAAACGGUGGUUCCAGUGGCAGAAGAAAGGGUUCUUUUUAUUGUACAAAUGGUGGAGCAGGUGGCAUCGUCAGUUUGAACACACUUCAUUUUAAUGGAGAUAUUAAAUCUCUAAGUGUUAGAGGUGGAAUGGGAAUUAAACCUGGAAACAGUGGGAAAAUAAUAGUUCAAACUGUGUUCAGGAAAGAUCUUAUUAUAAAUACUACAUCAUGUCUUCUUCAAAGUUCUGACUAUCCGAACUUUACAUUUUAUGGAAAAAUAACUAAAAAAGAAAACAAAAGUUGUUUACUAGAAAGUAAAUGUGAAUUUACAUUUAUGCAUUCAGUUAAAAUACUUCAUUUUGUAAAGGUAAAUCUUACUGGAAAUAAUCAAUUAUCUUUUGUCAUUAAAAGUGGUGGAAUGGAGAUUUUCACUAAAUUGAGUUUUUUGGCAAACUGUUCUACAAGAGAAGUUGAAUAUCUUUGUAGUUUUAAUAAUGAUUAUAAUAAAACUAUUGCAAUUGGUGGAUUGAUUGAGAUUGUUGUUGAACAUGGAAAUUUAAGUUUAUAUCAACUUUAAAACUAAUGAGAGCUUUCUAAGUGUUUUGGGUUCAAAAAAUGGAGGAGAAGGUGGUUUAAUACGAAUAAUAGGAAAAAUAGUAUCAGAUUAUGCUAAUUCAUCAAGUAUAGAAUAUCAUCAUAUUAAAAUUGAAUCCGAUGCUGAACAACCUGUUAAAGGAUAUUUUUUAGUUUUCGAAUCUCUUGAUUCUUUUAUUGCAUCUACUAAAAAUUCACCAUCAACCUCAAGAUCAACACAAACAUCUUCCUUAUCAAAUUCGGAUACUCCAAGAGCAUCACUACUGUCCUCAAGUUUAACAAAUGAAGAUCAUUUUUCUAAAGGCAAUGAUAAGUAUGUUACUUUCACAACUGAAAUAGUUAUUGCCAAUGUAACCGUCACAACAAUGCAAUCAAUUUCAUCUUAUGUGAAACAACCUGAACAAGUUACCAGUUAUACAACUGUUGAGACUUAUACUGAUGCAACUAGUACACCGAUAAAUAAAGAUAACAGUUCGGAAACAGGAGUUAUGUCUACAAAUCCAACAACAUUGGAUACAGCUAAUAUGACCACAGUAAAAAUGAUUGAUAGUAGCUCAACUAUAUUUCCUACAUCAAAUAAUGUAACCUCAACUAGUACACCAAUAAAUAAAGAUAACAGUUCAGAAACAGGAGUUAUGUCUACAAAUCCAACAACAUCGGAUACAACUAAUAUGACCACAGUAAAAAUGAUUGAUAGUAGCUCAACUAUAUUUCCUACAUCAAAUAAUGUAACCUCAACUAGUACACCAAUAAAUAAAGAUAACAGUUCAGAAACAGGAGUUAUGCCUACAAAUCCAACAACAUCGGAUACAGUUAAUAUAACCACAGUAAAAAUGACUGAUAGCAGCUCAACUAUAUUUCCUACAUCAAAAAAUGUAACCUUAACUAGUACACCAAUAAAUAAAACCUUAUCAUCUUAUAUAGGUACAUCUACAACUAGUGUAUACACAAACGAGUAUAAUGUAACCACAACUGCUACAAUGUUUGCCUUGAAUACAACUGUUGAGACUGAAGUAAAUAUUGAACCAAAAAUUGAGGUGAUAAACUCAAUAAGUAUUAACAGUAGCAACUUUGAACCCUUUGUUGAUGCAUUGUUAAAUAUCGCCAAGAAUAAACUCUCAGAAAAAGCUUCAAGUAUUUUAAUAGAUGCUGUUGAAAAAGUGGCUUUGUAUUCUUAUAACUACACAAGUUUGGAAUCUAUUAGCAACGUACUUUCAAAAGUUGUUCAAUUAUGUGACUACAUGAUUAGUUCUUCGUUAAAAUCAAGUGCAGGUGAAUCUACAAACAUUGAAAUAAUAUCUGGAAGCUUAGCAUCAUCCCUUGAGCUUAUAUCAUUAAAGAUAGGAACUUUCUUAAAUGACAGCUAUCUUGCUUAUAAUCUGGAAAUAGGGAAAAUUAAUUUAGAUGUGGAAAUUUUUAAUUACACUGAGCCAAUCAAAUCAUUUCCAAAAGAUUGCAGAAGAAAAAACUGUGAUAAAAUUGAAAUACCUAUGGAUAUUUUUCAAAACAAAACCACAGCAACCACAGUGACCAUAGUCAGCAUGAAUUUACAUCAAGAAAAUUAUUCCAAUAGUGGACAAUCAGUUUAUAAGAACAAAUCUUGGAAAGCUGUAUCAUCAAUUAUUUCUGUAUCUGUUAAUAAUACAGUUGUGCUUCCAUUUAUAAAACCAAUUGUUUUGCGCCAAAAGAUUUAUACACCAACUAAUUACUUAUACAAACUGUCAGCUGGCUAUUGGAAAAAUACAAAACGAUCUGCAAAAUGUUGGGCAUUUGAUGGCUUGAGUAUUAAAAGUCUAAAGGGAAAUGAAGUUGUGAUACAUUCAUAUCAUAUGACAACUUUUGCUAUUCUUAUGCAAGUUACAGAAUUUGAAAUAAGUGACAAUGAUAAACUGGCAUUAUCUUGGAUAGGGUAUCUGGGAUGUGGGUUAUCUUUGUUUUCCUAUAUGUUUACAUUUGCUAUAUACUAUUUAAUAAGAUCAUUGUUAACUGAGCGCUCCCUUAUUCAUUUAAACUUGGUAAUCUCAUUGUCUAUUGCUCAGACAGUAUUUUUAUUGGGGAUUACUGCAACUCAUAACAAGAGUCUAUGCACAUUUAUAGCAGUGUUGCUUCAUUAUUUUUUUACUGCUGCAUUUGGUUGGAUGUUAUGUGAAGGCAUUCAUCUUUAUGUCAAAAUAGUUAGCGUUUACAAUAACUGGGCAAAAAUGUAUUUUUAUCAUUGUAUUGGUUGGGGUACACCUAUCAUUAUUGUUUCCAUAUCCGCAGCUAUUCGUAGUGAUGGUUAUGGGACUGAAGAGCAUUGUUGGAUCAGCAUUAACAAUGGCCUGAUUUGGGCUUUUGUUGGUCCAGUUCUAUUGGUGAUAUUAAUCAAUGUGGUGGUCAUGGUGAUGGUGAUUAAAAUAUUAGUUUCAUCAUUAAAUGAUCCAGUGAGUUUGAACAUGAUUGAGCUAAGACAGAAAAUAAGAGCAAGUUUGAAAGGAAUGGUUAUUUUGCUUCCAAUACUUGGCAUUACUUGGACAUUUGGAAUAUUUGCAGUGAAUUCAAAUGCAAUUGCAUAUCAAUACAUUUUUACACUUUCUUCAUCUGUCCAGGGCGUCUUUAUAUUUUUGCUUCAUUGCAUUGGAAACACAGAAGUGAGAAGUGCUUUAAAGAGAUUACAUGAAAAUCGUUUACAAAAUAAAACGGUUAAAAAAAAACUCUCAUUCUUUAGAACAAUAGCAGAAAAUUUGAGGAAUUUAGUUUUUCACGAAUCAAAAGUUUACACGCUCAAUUCACCCAAAGUUACAAAUCUUUCUUAUGUACAAACAAAGAACUCUUCAUCAUUUUACUCUUUAAACAAUGCCGAAUUGACAAGUCACGAAAAUCAUUCCAACAAUACCAAUGUCGACAUCAAAGUUUAGUCUAAAGUUAAAAAACGAAGGCUUUGAUAUUUAAGAAGAUAUGUUAAUAUUUCCUCUAAAGACCAUAUACUUAAAAUAAAACCGGCGAAGAUAAUACUAAUUUAUCUAAAAUGACCACAACAAUUGUUUAUUUUAAACUUCGCUUUAGCUGUACGAUGUGUAUAUACUUAAUAAAUAAUGUGCAUACAUAACUGCGUAUGUAUACAUAGUAUUGCA